GCAGGCGAUGGUCUGUGGCUUCGACCGCUGUGGCGUUAGCGACUCUCAGUGGUUCACCAUCGACGGGCCAUCCAUCAAGUAGUGUUACCCCGGACACAUGCUGCAAAUUGGAUAUCAAUUAAACGUCAAUUAAGGCACACUGGAAAGGAGACCGCUGGCCGGCCGGUGUUUCGGUGACCGCACGAGUGCUUCAAGUGACCCAGGUGCUACCGAGUGAGCUUUCGAUCUUCCGGGAGAAGGCGGGCCAAACCGAGCCAGACCAGCCCCGCCAUGACCAACGCGGAGGCGAGCUUCGACGAGAUGCUGGCCCAGGCCGGCGACGACGGACGGUUUCAGCGGCGCUACAAUCUGCUGUUCAACUUCGGUGCCGUCUGCUUCGCGUCCAUGACGUACAUGAGCAUCAUCUUGGCACUGAACAAGCCGCCCCACAACUGCCACGUGCCGGGCAUGGAGCGGUACAACAUUACCGAUGCGGAAUACUGGAAGAAUCUGACGUUGCCACGGGAAUCCGACAAUCGGGGCAUGCUUGGAUUCAGCAAAUGUCAAAUGUACAACGUCAGCGAGGAGCAUCUGCAGCGUCCGUACGCCGAGUGGAGCUUUCAGGAGAGCGACAUCAUCGAUUGUGCCCAUGGUUACGAGUACGACCGGACGUACUACGACCGGACACCGAUCACCGAGCACGAUUGGAUCUGCGACAAGGGCUUCCGGGAGACGAACAUUUUCAUCUACAAUCGACUCGGUGAGCUGGUCGGUACCGUCGUCUUCGGUCAACUCGGCGACACAUUAGGCCGCCGGCCCGUCUACUAUCUCAGUGUGCUGAUUAUCACGCUCGGUCGGCUGGUUUCCAUGUUUACGGCCGGCUUCUACGUAGUGUUCUGCAUCGCGGCCAUUGCCGGCAGCCUGACGGCGCACUCUUGCUUCCAGGCCCCGUUCAUCAUCGCCAUGGAGAUAUCGAAAAGCGAACGGCGUGGCACCAUUUCGAUGAUGCAGUCCUUCGGCUGGACGACCGGUAUGUGCAUCCUGCCGAUGGUGUUCUGGGCCACCAAGGACUGGUUCUGGGCGCUGAUGAUUGUAACGCUACCGAUCGUCAUCUUCACCGGCAUUACACGCUACCAGAUUGAAUCCCCCCGCUGGAUGGCGACACGAGGUGACUACGCGGGAGCGAUGAAGAUGCUCCGGCGGAUAGCGACUAUCAACGGUGUCCGGGAGCUGCCAUACGAUGAGCACAUCCUGCAGAAGCGUCUGGCAACGCAUCGGACGGACACCGUGUAUGGCGUCGCAUCGCUCUUCAGCGGAUGGCGAAUGGCAAGGAACACUAUGCUGGUCGUCCUGUGCUGGACGGUGGGCAGUGUGCUGUACUUUACGCUCGUCCUGCUGAGCGCCCGGAUGGAUGGCAAUCCGUUUUUGAACUUUAUGCUCCAAAGUAUCAUUGAGGUACCGGCGGCACUCAUCGGCCAGCGCUGCAGUGACCGGUUCGGAAGGCGGGCCACGAACGCGACGGCCUUUUGUGCGGCCGCCCUCACCUGCGGCGCGCUAGUGCUGAUCGUGCGCGAUCCGGCACUCGAGUCGCUGGCCACCAUCCUCGCGACGCUCGUCAAGUUCUUCAUCAGCAUCACGUUCUUCGCUGUGAACCUGCAGUCGAUCGAGAUUUACCCCACUUGCCUGCGGCAGACGGGCAUGGCGUUUGGCACGAUUGCCUCCACCCUGUUCGGCACCGUCGGCCCGUAUCUGGUGUACCUGGGCACGGAGUACGACGUGCGCAUCCCGUUUCUGGUGAUGGGCCUGUCGGCAGCCAUCGGCAUCUUUGCCGGGCUGUUCCUGCCGGAAACGUUACACCAAGCGCUUCCCAACACGAUCGAAGAGGCACGCAACUUUGGCAAACACCAACGGUUCUGGUCAUUGCCGAAGGCACCGGCAAAGAAACAUGCAGACGCCGCAAAACACCAACGACAGCCGGAAGCCGAAGACGCCCGCGAGACGGUUCGUUUAAAUGUACCGGAAGAUGAGACGAAACAGAUCAACCGUGAAUAAAGCUCGAGUUUUGCAUCAACCACUUACCCCUGGAAAGAUCCUUUUCAAAGAAGGUUUGCGCUGUUUGGGCGUUUUCUUUCUUCUUGGCUAAAAUCAAAAAAUAAACAAAAA